CUACACGAAAGUAAAAGAAUCUUACCGCUGUGGCCCCAUGCGAGAGAGCUUGGGUUUUUGGUUUCGGAGAUAAUAUAACUGGCAGUCAAUUAGUCAUGGUUUGUGGAUUGUUCUGGAAAUGCCUUGUUGUUUUGAAGGCCUGAUUUGGCGAUUCGUACAUUUACGUAAAUAUUCCGAUUCUGAUUCCGAUUCCAAUUCCGAUUCCGGUUUCAAUUCUGAAUCUGUCGUGAUUAAGGUUUAAUAUGUGAUUGCAAUUCAAAGUCGUGAAACGCAACAGGAAAAUAGGAUAUGUUGACGCAGCUGCAUGCAAAUUGAGACAGGUGUUUCAUAAUGUCUGCACGAGCAAUAUUGCGAAGGAGGAAAUAUCUAUUCCACUCCCUGAAUCAGCCAACUUCUUUGAUUCGAGGUUUUUCAGGGGUUGAGCAUGGGCAAUCAUCUAAUAAACUUCCCAAUUCUGGGGAUUCGAGAGGGAUUUCUAGUUACCCAUCUGCAGAUAGAGAUCAUGGAAAAGAAGAAGAAAUGCACUCAAGCAAAGGGAAUUUAUUGAUUUUUUCAGCAAGAGGAUUACUCGGGUAUUAUUCUUGUGAAACAACAACUUUGGGAUGUAGGACUGGGAGAACAAUUUUUAGUCCUUCUUUGGGAAUUAGAUGGACACCAGACUGCAUACGGUAUUAUUCUACAGCUGCAGCAGGCCAACAUGAAUUGGGUAGCAAAAAUGACAGAAAUGAAGAAGGGCCUGUUAAACAAAAAAAGGAACCUUCACCAGAGGAGUGUGACCAAGCAGUUGAAGGGUUGAGCUCGGUGAAAGCAAAAGCAAAAGCAAAGCAGUUGCAAGAGUCCCAGAAGGACACUAAAUCAAUUAUAGAGAGAGUGCGGGCCAUGCUCUUAGGGAUAGGUCCUGCUUUGAGAGUUGUUGUUUCUAUGAGCAGGGAGGACUGGGCAAACAAGUUUCGCCACUGGAAGGAUGAGUUUAAAUCUACAAUGCAACAUUAUUGGUUGGGCACAAAGCUCCUCUGGGCUGAUAUUAGGAUAAGCUCGAGAUUGCUGUUAAAACUUGGUAGUGGGAAGAGUCUUUCUAGGAGGGAGAGACAACAACUCACACGCACAACAGCUGAUAUUUUCAGGCUAGUUCCUUUUGCUGUUUUCAUUAUAGUUCCUUUCAUGGAGUUCUUGCUGCCGGUAUUCCUGAAAUUGUUUCCCAACAUGCUGCCGUCAACCUUCCAGGACAAGAUGAAGGAGCAGGAAGCUCUUAAACGGAAGUUAAAUGCAAGGAUAGAGUAUGCAAAGUUUCUUCAGGACACAGUAAAAGAAAUGGCAAAGGAAGUUCAAAACUCACGAAGUGGAGAAAUUAAGAAAACAGCCGAAGAUCUUGAUGAAUUUAUGAACAAGGUUAGAAAGGGUGCUCUUGUUUCCAAUGAGGAAAUUUUAGGCUUUGCCAAGUUGUUUAAUGAUGAGCUCACACUUGAUAAUAUCAGCAGGCCUCGGUUAGUGAAUAUGUGCAAAUAUAUGGGUAUCAACCCUUUUGGUACAGAUGCAUAUUUGCGAUACAUGCUUCGAAAGAAACUACAACAGAUCAAGGAUGAUGACAAGAUGAUCCAAGCAGAGGGAAUGGAAUCCCUUUCUGAACAGGAGCUCCGACAAGCAUGUAGAGAGCGGGGUUUACUUGGGUUGCGUUCAGUUGAAGAAAUGCGGCAGCAGCUGGGGGAUUGGCUAGACCUGUCUCUCAACCAUUCAGUGCCAUCUUCUCUGCUGAUUCUUUCUAGAGCUUUCACUGUAGCAGGUAAAGUCAAGCCAGAAGAAGCGGUUCAAGCUACAUUGUCCUCCCUUCCAGAUGAAGUGGUGGACACUGUAGGGGUGACAGCUUUGCCAUCUGAAGACUCUGUCUCAGAAAGGCGGAGGAAAUUGGAGUUCCUAGAAAUGCAAGAAGAAUUAAUCAAGGAGGAGGAAGAGAAAGAGGAAGAAGAGCAGGCCAGGAUGACAGAAACUGCUGCUAGACAAAAGGACAUUGCCUUGGAAGAGAUGAUUACUGAGACAGCAAAGGACGCACAUGAGUGGGCACAAUCCAAAACUCUAGACAAAAGGGAGCAGCUUUGUGAGCUAAGUCGUGCAUUGGCUGUAUUAGCAUCAGCAUCUUCUGUGAGUAUGGAGCGUGAAGAAUUUUUGAGGCUUGUUAAUAAAGAGAUAGAGCUGUAUAAUAGCUUGGUAGAGAAAGAGGGGACUGAAAAUGCAGCAGAAGCCAAGAAGGCAUACAGAGCUGCCAGGCAGGAGAGCGACCAUACUGUGGAGAAGGCUAUUGGCGACAAAGUUUCUUCAGCACUCAUUGACAGGGUUGAUGCAAUGCUCCAAAAGCUUGAAAAAGAAAUUGAUGAUGUGGACGCCAAGAUUGGUGAUCGUUGGCGGCUGCUUGACAGGGAUUAUGAUGGAAAAGUAACUCAAGAAGAGGUUGCAUCUGCUGCUAUGUACCUGAAGGACACCAUAGGCAAGGAGGGUAUUCAAGUGCUUAUCAGCAGCUUAUCCAAAGAUAGAGAAGGAAAGAUCCUUGUUGAAGACAUUGUCAAAUUAGGCAGUCGUGCUGAAGAUCCUGAUACAACUGAAGCAGGCAAAAUAUAGUGGAAAUACAACAUGUGUUUUUAUCCUCCUUGAACCCCAAUUUUUUUUGGUGAACUCAGUUGUAUGUUUUAACGACAAUCUCGAUUUACCUAAUAGGCGCACAAGCAUAGCUAUCUACCUGAAUGUCUUUGAAGGUAUUGAUUUCAUGUAACAAGCAAGGCAUAAUUCUUUUCCGCGGCAUAAUAUUUGGCUGCAGUUGUUGUUGCUGUGAAAAUCUAUAUAAUAAUGCAACAAAGAGGAAAAAUCAAAGGAAUCAGUGUGUUAAAA